AUGCGCAGCAGCAGCAGCUGGCGGCCGACGCACGCUGCUCAGCAGCGCUGCUCAGUAUCGCCCGUCUCCCGGUCACAGAAGCCGCGGUCGGGGGCGGACGGGGAAGGCGGCGGCGAGCGCGCGCUGGCGGGCCACGUGCUGUACCUGCGGGCGGCCGGGCUGUGGCCGCGCGGCCGGGGGCCCGCCUACGCGCUGUACGCGGCGCUCGUGCAGCUCAGCGCCGUCGCGUACGUCGCCGUCGGCGUCGCCAGCGUGCGCAGCGCCCGGGGCGACGUGGACGCCAUAUCGCACACGCUCAUGCACACGCUCGAGGUGGUCUCCGGGCUGCUGAAGGCGGGGCUGUUCUUCCGCAAGAGGCGCUCGUUCUACCGGCUGGUGCGGGACCUGGACGGGAUGGCCUCCGGCGACUGGGACGUCCCGGAGCUGCGGUGGGCGCGGCGGCGCGCGCGCCGCAUGACGGCGUGGCUGAGCGCCUACAUCUACGCGCUCAUCCUGCUGUGGCUGCCGGCGCCGCUGCUGGCCGGCGGCGGCCAGUGGCAGCUGCCCGUGGUGCAGCUGCACGGCGCCGACUGGGCGCGCCGACCCGCCGCCUACGGCGCGCUCUACGCGCUGCAGUGCGCCGUGCUGCUCUCGCAGGUACCCGUCGUCAUCGGCCUCGACUGCUUCUUCGUGGCGGCCAUGCUGCACGCCGGCGCCCUGCUGCAGCUGCUGGGCCGCCGCGUCUCCGGCCUGCGGCUCUCCGGCGGCCACGACGGCGACGGCGGUGGCGACGAGGAUCUGGCUGGAGACGAGCUCCUCAAGAGGCAGCGAGUGCUGUACGCAGAGCUGCGCGCCUGCAUCAGGAGCCACCAGAAAAUCACGAAGUUCCUGCGCGACCUGGAGGCUGCGGUCAGCGCCAUGCUGCUGGUCCAGCUGUCAGUCAUCAUGGUCGGGCUCUGCAUGACUCUCUACCAGCAGACACAGCAAGGCGAGGCGCUGUCCGUGGCGGCGUACAGCAGCCGCUGGGUGGGCGCCGGCGCCGCCUUCCAGAGGGCGCUGUCGGUGGUGAUGGCGCGCGCGCACCAGCCGCUGCUCGUCACGGCCGGCCGGCUCUACCCCGUCAACACGGCCGCCUUCGUCGCGCUGAUGAAGGCCUCCUACUCGUACUACACGCUGCUGAGGCAGCUGGACAGCGACUGA